AUGAGAAUAAGAUUGGGGGACGUUUUAUUCAGAAAUGUGAGUCUAGUUCGUCGCAAUCAAAUCGAUUCGGUUCUAUCCACACCAAAGUCGCAUCAGUUAUACAGUGACAAAAGAACCUACCACAGGGAGUUCGUGAAGGAGUUGAUUUGUGUCAAUAUAGACGACUGCAGCAAGAGUGAUUUAGCAAGAUCUAGUUUUAAAAACCAUUUUAUUGGCGAUAGGAGUUUCAAAUGCUACUACGAGGAUAGAUUAUGCAUGGGCAAUUUUGUUCGAUACUUGGAAUGCGAUAACGAAGUCUUGAAAAGUGCAGAUUUGAACUUGUUUCCUAAUAUUACAGAGUUGAAAGUUUUAGACGAGUGUGCCGAUUCAACAAUAGAAACCAAAAUGGAGUUGCCGAAAUUGGACUAUUUGGCGGUUCAUGCGCAGUCGUUACAACUGUCGGAAAUGUUGUUAAGUUCACUUUGCAACUUAAGCCGUUUGGACUUGUUUUUGAAUUAUUCGGAUGUUCCUAGCACUGGUGGGAUCCGAAGGAUCUUGAAUCAUUUGAUGCAGCGCAGCCCUGCUUUUGUCGAAGUGGCUUUAUUCUUAGAGCAACCAUUCAAUUUGGCUUAUUCAGACACUAUAAGUUUGUUGAAGUUGGUAAGUUCUUCAGCACGGUUGCAGAAAUUGACAAUCAGGGUGGAAAGGCGAAAAAACUCCCAACGACAGGGUUUGGAAGAGCAUCAAUUAUACCUGGGCUAUAUUGGAGACGAUGUUUUAAAAGUGUUUCAAAAAGUCGAGCAAGUGAUUCUUGAUGUUUCAAUUAUGGAUGUAAUAAAGUUCAACCCAAGAUUGAAUUUGACAGUUCGAACGAACAUUCCUACAAAUAAGAAUAUAAGUCUUGUGGACAAGGCAGUCAUGGUACCAAAAAUGACUGUAACUCAGAAAGAUGUGUUGGGAACUAUAAUUAGAACCUGUGGGUUUGCCAGUUUUUCAUUCUACUAUGGAGAAGCUCUUGAAGAGAGUCACCUUCAGGUUCUAAACAUUGUGACUGAUUUUGUUCGAUGGAUGUUGGACCCUAUCGCCAACGGUGAGCAUAUUUAUUUGGGGUUGAAGAGGACAUUUGUCGAGAAAUGCUGGUCCGUGACGGAUGAUUCUGUCAAUAGAGAGUAUUUGACAACCUUGAUGGAAUCAGGUAAGGACGAGGUCAAGGUUGAUCGGUUCAAGGUUUGGGACAGGAUUCCGGUAAAUUCUCCUAGGUACAGAAAGAGGGAGACGUUUGAUUUAUUUUACGAGAAGCAGUCUCAAUACGAUGUAGUAUCGGACACAGGGUACUACAUUGGAAGAUCAAACAUGCCCAUCGACGCAGAAAAGUUUGUGACAUCUCAAGACCUUAGUCUGGAAUGUUUGGAAAACUACUUUUGGAGCACAGAGGCAUCGUUAUGUGAUUUCGAACAAUAUUGCAUACGUCAAAGAAGAAGCUUGUUAUUUGGCUGA